UCGAACACGAAUCUUCGCAUCCGCACUCGUUAGCCAGCCGAAACGAACUUUGGUUUUUCCACUGUUGUGCAAUAGAGGAACAAGAAAGCAAUAGCAAAUCACUGCACCACCACCACCACAGCAGUGUAGCAAGACUCUGCAUCCAGCUGCUGGUUUCUGGCUUUCAGUUCCGUCAUUUUCCCCCAUCGCAAAGUGUGCCUCCUGGAAAAUUCAACCUUUGUGUGUCCUGUGUUGUGUGUGCAUUUCAAACACAGCCACAAAGUAGCCCGCGUAAGCCUUGAGCACAACACAGAGAACAUUAGAGAACAAUAGACAUCAGCAGCAUUGAUUUUUUUCUUUCGGCUCCCUUCAGGCUAAUUGGUCGAGCGUGUGUGCGUGUGCGUUUGUCGACGAUUUUGCUGGAACAUUUUUCCUUCAGACUCACUUGCAAAGCCAACUUAAAGCCAACCGUUGAACCGCAACGGAGAAAACGGAAACGCAAAACAGCAAAGCAACCUUGUGCGUGAUAAAGGGGUUUUCGGUAGAAAAUUUCGAUUACCAUUCGAAAGCAUUUUCUUUUCUAGCACCGUAGCGCGCUAGGACAUACGUUUUUUUUUGGUUAGUCGCAAUAGCGAGAGAGUCCUUGUGAGAGUGUGUUGGUGAAAGAGCGAGAGCGAGAAGCGUGUAACAGGACAUAACAAGGACAUUCGGGACGCUGGUUCGAGGUUGGUGUGCAAAGUGCAAAACGGUGCAUCCGAGUCACCCUUGUGUUUCGAGCAACAAUCGUUUCGAACUCUCCUUUGGCCCGUGAGGGGUAAUACGUAUUAUCAGCCCGCGAGCGAGCGAACGGCAUUCGUCAUAUUCCGCGCCAACAUCGGAACACGGAACGGUUAUAAACAAAAACCAACAACAAACGAGGCGAAAGAGCGCGGAGCGAGACCAGCAACCGAAAACGCGAGAGGGAAAAGGCGAGCAAAACACUGCGCACUCUCGCAGUUGCCACCACAUCAGAGAACCCCAGUCCUGCUGUACAGCUACUAGAGACUACUAGAGCACUACUUCACACGCCUUCGAUCGCAUUUUUCUUCGCCAUCGCAUCGCAUCCUUCGGAGUUCGCGGACACCAGUUCACCGCCACCGUUUAAGUCGUUUAAAUGAGUGAUAUAAGUCAGAAAUGUUUCGGCAAAAAUGGUGGAUUUUCUAUAAGCUUUAAUCAGGACUACACAUCGCUUUCUGUGGUAUCCAACACCGGGUACCGACUGUUUUCGUUGGGCUCCGUCGAUCGUGUUGAUGAAAUCUUCUGCAGCCAUGACGAGGAUACAAAGAUCGCCGAGCGGCUGUUCAGCAGCAGCCUCGUUGCGGUGGUCACGGCAAGUGAACCGAACAAGCUUAAGGUGUGCCACUUUAAGAAGGGUGCGGAGAUCUGCAACUACGGCUACCCGUCGGAGAUCCUGUCGGUGAAACUGAACCGAUCCCGGCUGGUGGUGUGCCUCGUGGACAGUAUUUACAUUCACAACAUCCGUGAUAUGAGACUGCUACAUUCCAUCAAGGGUAUGGUGGCGAACCCGCGGGGCCUCUGCACCCUGUCGCUGCUGUCGCACCUCGCCUACCCGGUGUCGACCGAGUGCGGCGAGCUGCAGAUCUUCGAUGCGGCCAACCAGCUGCGCCGGUUGAAGCUGAAGGCGCACGAUUCGCCACUGUCGGCGCUCAACUUCUCCUACAACGGGGUCCUGCUGGCGACGGCCUCCGAGAAGGGCACCGUGAUUCGCGUGUUUUGCGUGAAGAACGGCCAGAAGGUGCACGAGUUCCGGCGCGGGGUCAAGCGCCACGUCAGCAUCGGUUCGCUGAACUUUAGCACGUGCGCCAGCUUCGUGGUGGCCAGCUCGAACACCGAAACCGUACAUAUCUUCCGGAUCGAUGCGAAAGCGAUCGAGCAGGCGGAGCGGCGCUGCAGCAUCGCGCUGGAUGCGGCCAACUCGUCGGCCGGCACCAACAACAAUAACAAUAGUAGCUCCAGCGACGGCGGCAGCGACGACGAUGGGGCGGCAACCACCGAUCCGGCCACUACGACCGUCGGUGGCUGGGGCAUGAGUUUUAUCGCCAAGGCGGUCACCAACUACUUGCCGACCAACGUCGUAACCGACGUGUUUACGCAGGAUCGCGCGUACGCGACGAUACAGCUGGCCGAGGCCGGCCUGCGGUACGAGUGCGUGAUGGCGAAGCUGGAAAAGGAAAUUCGUCUGCUGCUGGCGUGCGAAGAUGGGUUUCUGUACAUCUACAGCUUCGAGGACUCGAAGGGUGGCGAAUGUAAGCUCAUCCGGGCGCACGACCUGCGCACACCGCUCCACGGCAUCACCGAAGUGGACAUCGGUGGGAACGAGAACGAUGAAAACACCAAUAGUAUCAACGUGAACAUGACCAAAUCCAUGCUGCCGGCACCGGGAACGUACGCUGGCGUGCUGAAGGGUCGCCCUGCCGACCGGAUGUCGGACUCCGACUGGUGUCACGAUUUGCGCGAAGCGGUCGAGUAUCCGGUCAAGGUGACGGUUCCGAUCUACGACGAGAUUCAGUUCCCGCCGGUGAAACCGAUUGCCGUCGAAUGACUAGAUUCGUCACCCAACUCCGACUCUGGCAAAGUGGCCCCCGGCAAGCUUCGCUUCAAAUCGUCCUCGAAGACCCGCAAGGGGUAAAUCGUACCGUGGGCAAGCGCAAGCGAGCAAGCUACCGACGAGUGGCCGCCAGCUGGAGCAGCAUACAGGAUGGAUGGUGAUGGGGGUGGGUGGGGAAAAAUGCCUCGGCGCGGGCGGUUUGGUUAUCUGCGACAGUUUUGUGUGUGGUACCGUUGAUUAUGUUUUUAUUUUCUUUAAUUUAUUUGUACACCUUUCUCCUUAAGAAGUAAGCGAAAAACUACGCAACAAACGUUGAGUGCGAUCGGACGGCUCUCGAUACAUAGGACAUUGCGCGCCACCACAGGCUACAGGGUUGUUGCGUUUGCGUUUCUAUUGAAUGCUUUUCUGUUUUGCUUUCGUACGGAUACAUGAUCCGCUUUUAUCUUUCGACACACCGUGCGCUGAAUAGCAUCCGAGAAAAACCGAGGAAAACGAGAGAAAAUUCAUAUAAAAAUCGAUCGAUCCAAUAUAAGUGUAUGGAUCAACGAUCGGAUGCUGCUGCAGAGCAACGAGUGUCAUUGAAUUAAGAUCGAUUUACGUUCAAAAUUAGUGUAAACAAACAGUAGUCUACCGCAAUAUAGCUUCGAAAAUAGAUGGACGAAAAUCUGGCAUCCCGCGAAGACACACGGCGUUGUUUUAGGUCAGUAACAAGCAAUAAGCGCGAGGAGUAACAGUUCAAUUUCACAGCAACGGUGCACGUGCAAGUUGCGCAUUCUGAUUCUGAAGUUUUCACUUUGAAUUACCUGAUUCCCAAUUCAAACAGUGGUUUCUGACUCGACGAUCAAAACCACGUUCGAUACGAAUCAUAAUCUCUAGUAAGUGUAAGAUCGUUGCUGCGUUACGUUUUAUUGCUGGCGACUUUUUCAAUCAAUUUCACGAUCCUACCAAGGGCGGUUUAACACGGGAAGAUCAUAUGGCAAAAGAAAACAGAACAAAAACGGGAAUAAAAAUACAAUGCGUUGUUGGUGUGUACAAUGAUGAUGAUGGUUGAGUAAAUGUAGAUCCCUUCUAUAGUACGAGACACUGGAGGAGCGGAAUCGUUUUAAAGGUCACAUUUCUGCAUUAUACCAAAAAUGAUAACAAAAAAAAAUGUUGUAAAAAGUGAAAAAACCCACAAAAAAUACUCAUCGUUAAGUUAGUGUUCUAAGUUCCGGGCGCCGCUCUCAGUGACACUAAUUGUUGUCAACGAACCACUGACCACCAAUAGCGACAGAGAGAGAUAGAGAGAGAGAGAGAGAAGAAGAAGAGAGAAGGAGAGAAGGAGAGAGUGUGGCAUAGUAAGCGAAGGAUAUAUUUUUUAUUUAUUCAACACCAGCAAACACAAGUGGAGUAUAUUUUCUAGCUGUACAUACUAUACCUUAUAUACAUACAUAAACUCGUAAGAAGUGCAUUAAGUA